GAGGGCAAGUCAGACGGAGCAGAGCGGGAAUCGAACCAGGACUCCACCUUCACCACCAACAGGUUCUCGUCUCCAUGGCAGCUGGUGUGUGUGUGGCGCUGAGUGUCUGUGUGUGUGUGUGUGCGGCGUUCAACCUGGACACGUCCUUCCCGCUGAUAAAAACCGGAGGGGAUGGAAGUUUGUUUGGACUCUCUGUCGCCCUGCACCAAGACCUGAAGACCGACCGCUACCUGUUAUUGGUCGGCGCUCCCAGGGAGAAGGCGGAGCCAAAAGUCCCGGCUGAACGAACAGGAGGGGUGUACAGCUGUCCCAUCACUGCCGACCAAUCAGACUGCAGGAGGAUGGCGCUCAUUGAUCCAGACCUGAACACGUCUGAGGACCUGGUUGAAGACAUGUGGCUGGGUGUGUCAGUAGCCAGUCAGGGCCGACCUGGUGGGCGGGUCCUGGCGUGCGGCCACCGUUUCGUGAAACUCUACGGCACCUCGAAGCUCAGACACAUGAUUGGCCAGUGUUAUCUCCGUGGAAACGACCUGCAGUACAACGUCAGUGACCAGAACUGGCAGAACCCCGAGCAGACCUGCAGUCACCUGGGCGAUGCCAGCGAGGAGGCCAUGUGUUCAAUGGGGAUCUCAGCCUUCAUCACUCAGACUGAAGUCAUCGUCGGCUCACCUGGAAGCUACGAAUGGCAAGGCAAUGUUCACGUCUCCUGGAUGAAUCCUGAAGACGACUUCGACACCCGGAAAACGUCGCUGCCCAAAAUGGAUCGGAGGAGUAUUUAUAUCGGAUAUUCCGUCACUCAGGCCAGGCGACUUCUCUCUGAGGAAGAAGAAACCAUCGUUACAGGAGCUCCAAAGGACAGUAAGGAAGACGCCCGGGGCUCGGUGCUGCUGGCGCUCAAACGCUCCGGCCAGCUGGCGAUUCAGCAGACUCUGCGUGGAGAACAGAUGGGCUCGUACUUCGGUAACGCCGUGGCAACCGCAGACCUCAACAGCGAUGGGUGGAGCGACCUGCUGGUGGGCGCUCCGUUUUACUUCCAGCGUCAGCAGGAGGCGGGCGGAGCCGUCUACGUCUACAUGAACACCAGGGGGAGCAUCGAAUCGGAGCCCAGCGUGGUGCUGAGGGGUCCGGCCGGGUCGGCGUUCGGGAUGUCGGUCGCUGCCGCCGGAGACGUGAACCAGGACGGAUUCCAAGACUUCGCAGUUGGGGCUCCUUUCCAUGAAAGUGGGACUGUGAUGAUCUGGACCGGGAGCAGCCAGGGGGUCUCAACAGAGCCAAGCCAGGUGGUCCAGGGCAGCAGGGUCUCCCCUGGGUUCAGGACCUUCGGGUACUCGCUGUCUGCCGGACUGGAUGUGGAUGGGAACAGAUACCCAGACCUGCUGGUGGGCUCUCUGGACGACACCGUGGCUUUACUCAGGUCUCGCCCCGUCAUCCACCUGAAUAAAACACUCAGAGUUUCUCCAGAUGUUGUCGACAUGAACCUCUGCGACUUCUGUAUCCAGGUGGAGGCGUGUUUCUCCUACACGUUCAGCAGUGGAGAGACGAGCAGGAGAGACAACAUCACUGUCCACUUCACCAUCACCGCUGAUGUCACCAGUCUCAAACCCCGCCUCCGUUUCCCGGACGGCAGCCGCGUCUUUUCUGGUUAUCUGUCCAUGCCCAAAAGAGCGUGCCACACCCUGAGCGUGGGCUUACAGACUCCGAUUCGAGACCAAGUGGAGCCUCUGGUGUUUUCCCUGAACGUCUCUCUGCACCAAAAGCUUCCCAAGAAAAGAAAUAGCGUUCAGGACCUGAGACACUUCCCAGUGCUGAGCCAGCCACCUCGGCCCAUCAGGACUCAGAUCCAAAUCCAGAAAGCCUGUGGCGACGACAACCAUUGCCAUAGCAACCUCCAGAUGAAGGCCCAGUUCACUGAUGAGAACCAAAAACCCUUCAUGGAGCAGAACGGCAGUCAGCUGUUGUUCUACAAUGACAGCGUCAAAAGACUGUUUCUGGAAGUCAACGUUAGCAACACGCCGUCACCCGGACGACUGGCAGAGGACGCGCACAAUGCCGUCCUCACCGUCAGCAUCCCACCGUCAUUGGUUUACUCCGCAGUGCAAACACAGGAAGGCUCAUCGGUGGACUGCUCUGUUCAGGACCAAGUCGUCCAGUGUGAGCUGGGAAACCCAUUCAAAAGCAACCAGAAGGUCCAAGUGUUCAUCAAGUUUCAGACGUCUGAAAUCAGUUUGGACACCAGAGACGUUCAGUCCCGGCUGCAGCUGUCCACGCUCAGUGAGCAGACGGACCUGUCCCCCCUGUUGGUCUCCAUGCUGGUGGAUUACUCGUUGCAGACGUCUCUCGCUCUGAUCCAUCCUCCUGGCCCCGCCUUCUUCAGUGGUCAUGUGAUCGGAGAGUCGGCGAUGAGGAAGACGGAGGACGUCGGCAGUCUUCUGCUCUUCACGCUCCAGGUGCACCUCUACGGGAAGCCACUCGGUCACCUCGGCAACCUCGCGGUAGAAUUUGAUUGGCCGAAGGAGACGAGCAACGGGAAGUGGCUGCUGUACCUCACGGAGAUACGAGUAGACGGCGUCUCGGAGCCUCAGUGCGCUCCGCCCGGGGUCAUCAAUCCCCUCCGCCUGACGCGGUCCCAGGAGGACAAGGAGAGGACCAGGAGGAGUCUGGAGGAGGAGGAGGAGGAAGAGGAGGAGGAGGAGCAGCAGCAGAGACGAAGGAUUCCACCCGUCUCACACCUGCAGGGACGCAGGAAAAAGUCCUACAUGCUGGACUGUCUCCACGGGGCGAGCUGUGUGACCUUUGCAUGUCCUCUGAUUGACAUGAACAACUCUGCGACUCUGAACGUCCGACUUCGCCUGUGGAACUCCACCAUGAUGGAGGACUACAUCGAUGCCCGGGGAGUCACGGUUCGAGGCCGAGUGACCCUGAAGCUGAACACCAGCAAACCCACGGUCCACAUUGAGUCCCACAGCUCAGAGGUGGAGUUCCACAUCUACCCCGAGGCCGGGCUGCAGGCGGACUCCGGCGCCCCCCUGUGGAUCAUGGUGGUCUCGGUUCUGGCCGGGCUGCUCCUGCUGGCUCUGAUCUGCCUGCUGCUCUGGAAGUGCGGCUUCUUUAGGCGAGCCAGAACCAGAGAACUGUACGAGGCCAAGACCCAGAAGGCCCACAUGAAGAGCCAGCCGUCCGAGAGCCAGCGGCUGACCGAGGAGCUCUGAGGCGGCGGGACGGGAGAGGGAGAGGGCCCCUGUGGGUUCUUCGUGCGCCGGGCGGCAUGGCGGACGGCGGCGCUGCACCAGGGAAGGAUUAUGGGUAAAGACCAGCAGCAGCAGCAGCAGCAGACGUACACAGAUGCCGACGAGUUCCUGAUCCAGGACCAAGUCUCCUCCACACGGAACAGAAAGGCCCCCAAACACUGGGUCACCUCCUGGACCGAGACUCCCUGAGAGUCCGGCAAGCCCGGGAACCUCAACCGAACAAAACCAGAUCGGACCGGACCGGACCAGACCAGAAACCCCCUUUCACCCAACUAAACCUGAACCACGUGAACGAACCAGACCAGAACAAAACGAGCCCACAUUCAGUCAGAACAGAUGCCACUGAAUGAAGAGAGAGAAGACCAAAGCAAUCGAUCACCGAGCCGGUGGUCUCACUGCCAGGAGGAAGUCUCCAGUUUACGUUCCUGUGUGUGUGUGUGUGUGUGUGUGUGUGUGUGUGUGUGUGUGUGUGUGUGUGUGUGUGUGUGUGUGUGUGUGUGUGUGUCUCUCCACAAAGCAAGUGAUUCUCCAUGAAGGGCUCCAGCUGGAACAGACGAGGGAAUAAACUUUUCAGGACCAAAUCUCACUGCAGUGCUUUCAUCUUGUGACGGUGACCUCUGACCUCUUUGUUCUCUGUGCGGAUGAUUAAAAAAAAAAAGUAUCUGUUUUCACGUCCCUGUCUUUAAAAGAUGUCGUGUUUGCUGUGAGUUCUGUCAAAC